GCAGCGUUUGACACGGACCAGACUAAAUGACAGCUGUAUGCCGAUGCUUUUGCGUGUAGCACAACAUCACGAACAUACACUUAUUGUAAAAUCAUCUUUAGUGGAAGUUUCUCCCUUCAGAUUUGUUGAAGAAUUGUUGAGAUGGCUUCUGGUUGUGGAGAGAAAGACAGUUGUGACGAGUUACUGCUCACCUAUCUCCAGGAAGCACAAUCCCUCAUACAGAAAUGUCGGCAAUUUCAGCACAUCAAAGGGAUGCACAAACUGGAGAAAAACUGCCGAGCUGAACUCCGAUACCUUCAGUCUUUAAGUAAGAAGGCUGGAGGUCUUGUCCACGAGAGCCAACUAAAGAGCAGCAAUCUGUGUCAUUUUGCUGGAAUCCUACACGCUAUGCAAGUCAUACCAGGGGUGGACAGUUUGAUGAAGGCCAUCCACUCACCCAGCCGAACCAACAAUCUCCAUGUGGAUAUUGUUGCAGGUCAAGGUCAGGUGUGGGUCAAGGUCAUCGCUAGGAAGGCUCAAGCAUUGCACCUUAUAUGGGCAGGUGAAGGACAGUUUGGGGACCAUGACCUCAUCAGGCAGGCUGAAGACUACGUCACCUGUGCCAAAUCUAAUCCUGUUAAUUUCUGUCCACCUACUGUGAACUUCGCCUUCUACAAUCAAGUGACUUAUCCCAUGGCCGAGGCUUUAGAGGAGCGGGGAGUGAGAGUCUGGGGCGAACGUGUUGAGGUGGAUCCAGAUGUCAAGGUCAAACUCCAGGCUGUCAAUGCUGUCUACCUCGAUAGUGAUGAUGAGGGGAGCGAGGAUUAUACAGAUGACGAAAGUGUUGAGUUUUCUACUGACGAUGACAGAGAAUUGUUAACAGAUCAGAAUGCCUUCCUUGUUUCAGACAAAGGGAUACCAGUGCUAAACAAACAGUUCCCCAUGUCUGAAAGCGAGUCACCUGUGUCUGAUAAACAGUUACCUGUGUCUGACAAACAGUUACCUGUGUCUGACAAACAGUUACCUGUGUCUGACAAACAGUUACCUGUGUCCGAUAAACAGUUACCUGUGUCUGAAAGCGAGUCACCUGUGUCUGACAAACAGUUACCUGUGUCCGAUAAACAGUUACCUGUGUCUGAUAAACAGUUACCUGUGUCUGAUAAACAGUUACCUGUGUCUGAUAAACAGUUACCUGUGUCCGAUAAACAGUUACCUGUGUCUGAUAAACAGUUACCUGUGUCUGACAAACAGUUACCUGUGUCUGAUAAACAGUUACCUGUGUCUGAUAAACAGUUACCUGUGUCUGACAAACAGUUACCUGUGUCUGAUAAACAGUUACCUGUGUCCGAUAAACAGUUACCUGUGUCCGAUAAACAGUUACCUGUGUCUGAUAAACAGUUACCUGUGUCUGACAAAAAGUUACCUGUGUCUGAUAAACAGUUACCUGUGUCAGACAAUGAGUUACCUGUGUCUGAUAAACAGUUACCUGUGUCUGACAAACAGUUACCUGUGUCUGACAAACAGUUACCUUUGUCUGACAAACAGUUACCAGUGUCUGAUAAACAGUUACCUGUGUCUGACAAACAGUUACCUGUGUCCGUUAAACAGUUACCUGUGCCAGACAAUGAGUUACCUCGGUCAGACGGACUUUUACAUGUGUCGAGGGACAAUAAGUCUGCUUUAUGUAAAACAGAAAACUGUUCUUCAGCAAUGGAGAAAAUAUUUCAUCAAGCCGCAGCCAACACAGAAAGCUGUGAAGAUUUGAGUCCGCAUCUGCAUAUAGCUACACAUAACUGUGAUUACACAGAAAAUGUAGGAAACCUUCAGAAAGUGUCUGAUAAGACCCAUACAGAUCUUAUGUGUACUGGGCCAAUGUGUGAUGUUGUGCAUUCAAACAAUUCCUCAAAACAUUCAAACCAGCUCAGUAAAACACAUUUGUGUGAUCGAGUCGUAGGCCUAAAACAGUCGUCUUCACCAACGAAUGAUCAAUCACACAGUCAAAUCUCCAGUGUAGGUUCUAAUGAGAAAAAUGAAGAUUUAUUCGUUUCUUGUCUUUUGAUCUCAAUUCCAAGAUAUGAUACAUCGAAGAUGAUGAUUACUGCAGAGAAGAGUAAUUCUGAUCAAUCUUCACAUAUCAGAAAAGUGAAUUUGGACAUUACAACUCUCAUCACAAUGGUUUCUGCGGUAACACAUGGCGGUUGCCAUUUUGUAUUUUCAGAGGAAAUUCUCACUCUGCAGGCAAAAGAUGAAAGAGAAAACCCUGCACUACCUCAACUCCAAAAAUUUCUCAAUGGUAAGGAACUGUAUGUGUGUGAGACAGCCUGGGAGGACUUUGAAACCAUUCUCAACACUCUCGGAGGGCCGGAGGAGAAGAAAAGAGCUCAGUUACUGCUUAACAGAGUCAAGGUCAUACCUGACCAGCCAUCAAAACGUGCACAAAACCUUCCUGAUACUGGGAAAAUACGACAACGAACCAAGGUGAUCUUUGGCACCGGCGAUGCAUUGGGGGCGGUAACCACUACAGCAAAUAUGGGAUUCGUGAGGGCAGCACAACACCAGGGUGUGUCCUUUGCUGUGUACAGUCAUUCAUCCCGAGCUCUGACAGAAGAUAAGGAGAAGAAUGCAACACCACUGGUUGAUGGCAGUGUCUAAACUUGGACAGAAAACAGUGAAGUUAGAUGGAUCAUACCAUUUGAUGAACGCCCACCUGUGCUACAGCACAAAGAGAGAAAAGGCCAGACUUCUGAAUGGCCGAUUUCCCAAGGUCUCUGACGAAAAGAAAAAGCACACAAUUUGGAAUGCCCACUUUCCCAUUGUGUCUAACAAAACUUGUGAAUAACUAGCUUCACAAGGUCUUUGACAUUUAGAAUGACCACUUUCCCAAAUUCUGUGACAUUUUGGAAUGACCCCUUUCCCAAGGUCACUGACAUUUUGAAAGGGCCACUUUCCCAAAGCCUCUGACAUUUUGAAUUGACUACUUUCCCAAGGUCACUGACAUUUUGAAAUGACCCCUUUCCCAAGGUCACUGACAUUUUGAAAUGACCCCUUUCCUAAGGUCACUGACAUUUUGAAAUGAUCACUUUCCCAAGGUCAUUGACAUUUUGCAUUGACAUUUUUCCCAAAGUCUCUGACAAAGGGAAAAAGCACAUAUUAUGGAAUGACCAAUUUACAAGUUUGCUGACAUUUCAGACAGAUAACUUUCCCAAACUCAAAGAAGAUUAAAAAAAGAAAGGGGGGGAAUACUUUCUAUUUGUAAAAUCAGCUUUAAAUUCUAACGGGUCAUAAUAGUACCUGGCGGCACCUGUACUGGGAUCGUUAGAUACAGGUGACACAUUCUGAUUAGUACAAAGUCCACAGUACAUAAUGUACUAAUGUUGGUACCUGAGGACUGCGUUUUACAUCUGUACCAAAUCUGUAAUAAAAGGAAUCAUGAAAUACACUCUGCCCGCACUGGGGCUAGAUCUAGUGACCUCUAGCUCUCAAUCAUCCUACCACUAGGCUAGAUGAAAUAACUGCUAACCUGCCCUAGUAAGGUGACAUAUACUCUCCACUUUUACACUAGUUUGUAAUGCUACGUUUAUUCACUAUUAACAAAUCAAUUGUUGUUGAUAACAUUUACACAAAUGAUAUACAAUAAAUGUUUUUUUGAAAAUGUUA